AUGGGCAAGACAAAAGCAUUGACCGAUGGGCCCAUUCCUGUUUCCUACAUUGAGGUGAUUGCUGCAAUCAGAGAUUUCUCUGAGAACUCCAUGGAUAGCGACCGUGCUGCAACCACAGCUGCUGAGCUACAGACCUUGGUUGCAACGCAAUUUCCAGAGUACGCAAGUAAAAUCGUGGAUUGGAGAACUAUCGCAUCGUUGGUCAACAGGGUACCAGUCGAUGCGUGGGCAUUGAUUGAAGAUUUCGCUUUGAAGCACCAGAUGAUGUCACCACCAAUUCCGCAGACCUGGCUGAGGGACCCGAGCCUUGGCUGUGUCGAGGUUUACAUGCUUAUGCUGAAACGAUUUCUGGCAGCCCUUGAGAAGGAGGCUUUGAAGCACGGCUUGAAACUGCACGAAAAGAAUUCCCAUAUUAUUUUGCAGCGCCACCUAAGUGCGGAGGGGCGACUCAAGUUGAAGGCUGUUGGGGCAUGCCAUUGCUCCAUGCAAGUUUUUUUCAAGUUCAAGUUGAUUCAAAAGCGAGCUUUUGCAGAUUUUUGCAGCAAUUCUGCCCUCGAGGCGUUGAGCCAGACUUACCAUGCUGGCAUCACAGCUGCAAUGACGGAGCACGCCAAGCUGAAUGUGAGUUGGGCCACCCUGGAAGAAGCCUUCCUGCAAGGCUUCUACGAUGGGGUGCUGAGCUCUACAUGUAAUCCUGAGCAGAUGGGGCCGCAUUGGGUUUUUGUGCGGGAGCAAAUCUCGGUGGCAAAGGCGCAGGAAGCAAUCAAUGCUGCAGCGAAUGCAGAUACUUAG